AUGAAGCUGUUCCAAUUGGUCCUUGCCCUGACUGGGCUCUUGACUCUGGCGAGCUGUGCUCCCACCAGUCAAAACAUCACUGCUAUCAAUUCCACCACGGAGGCCACCAAUCGACUGGUCUUUUGUCAUUUCAUGAUCGGCAUCACCAGCAACCGCCAGAGCGCGGCCGACUACGACAACGACAUGAAACAGGCCAAGGCCCUUGGCAUCGACGCCUUUGCCCUGAACAUUGGUGUUGAUCCGUACACUGAUACUCAGCUCAACUUUGCGUACGAGUCCGCCGCCCGCAAUGACAUGAAGGUCUUCAUUUCGUUCGACUUUAACUGGUACAACACCGGCCAGGCCUAUGCUGUCGGUCAGAAGAUCCGACAGUAUGGGAGUCUGCCGGCCCAGCUCAAGGUCGACGGCAAGAUCUUUGCCUCGUCGUUUGCAGGCGAUGGCCUCGACAUCAACCAGAUGCAGUCCGCCGCGGGGGCUGAAGUGUACUUUGCGCCCAACUUCCACCCGGGCACUGGCAACUUUAAUGUCAUUCAGGGAGCGUUGAACUGGAUGGCCUGGGAUAACAAUGGCGACAACAAGGCUCCGAGUGGUGGUCGCAACGUGAGUGUUUCGGAGGGUGACAAGGCAUAUGUCAAUGCCUUGGGUGGAAAGGCUUAUGUUGCACCCGCAUCUGGAUGGUUCUUCACCCACUUCGGUCAGGAAGUAUCUUACAGCAAGAACUGGGUAUUCCCCUCGGAUCUGCUGUGGUAUAACCGCUGGUUCGAGAUCCUGAACCUUGGUCCUCGGUUCGUGGAGAUCGUCACCUGGAACGACUAUGGCGAGUCGCAUUACAUUGCCCCGCUGGCGUCUCCACACACCGACGACGGUUCCUCCAAAUGGGUUAUGGACAUGCCCCACGACGGCUGGCUCCAAAUGUCCAAGCCAUUCAUCGCCGCAUACAAGAACGGCGACAAGUCCGUGGACAAGUACAUCACCGAAGAAAAGCUAAUCUACUGGUACCGACCGACCCCCAAGGACGUCAGCUGCGACAACACCGACACGACAAUGGACGGCAACCCCAACAACUCCAGUGGGAACUUCUUCCGCGGUCGUCCUAACGGAUGGGAGACCAUGAAAGACGAAGUGUUCGUGGUGUCCUUGCUGAAAUCCCCGGGGACGAUCCAAGUGGCGUCUGGCUCGAACAGCCAGAAAUUCGAUGCUCCGGCAGGGGCCACUGCAUUCACGGUGCCCAUGGGCGUAGGUCAACAGAAGUUCGCUCUGGUUCGUGAUGGCCGGACGGUGUUGAGCGACACCAGCUUGAAGAAUAUCGUCAACACGUGCAUCUGCGGUCUGUACAACUUCAAUGCGUACGUGGGAACAGUGCCGCCCCCGGCGACUGUGGAUAAGCUGGGACCAGCUGGGCUGGCGGCUUUGCAGCAGGGUUUGAGGGCGGCUUGUCCGACUAAUACGUUGGGAGUGAAUAUGGCGAGUGUGGAGUCGACUCCUGUUCCUACUCCUACUCCUGCGUAG